AUGCGCCCUGUGACCUCGGAGGCGCCUGUUAGUGUAAGGCAAUGCAUGUCACAGCUAACGCCUCGUUUAGUUAAUUUCAUUUGUUGUUUGCCCCGCCGCGAGGCUGUAGACAUCUGGUGAUGAAGCCACCGCGGCAGCUGUUUCUUUCGGAUUAGUCACAUAGAUAACAGUGGUCUCGUCAAUUACUGCCUCCUGAGUGCCGCUGUGUACGUGUGCGUAAUUUUCCCUCAUGCAUAUUUUCUUAGGCGUUGGUGGGUGAUUGUUAUGUUUUUAGUCUUUCCGUAUACGGUUUUACCCGUUUUGUCAUUUAAUUACUUGAAAGCGAGGACGUGAAUCGAUCGACCCUUCAACUUUUAGAUAGUGCACUGGACUUCGGUUGUGACAUAACAGGAUGCACAACCGUUGCCGCCGGUGAAUGCCACCCACAAAGUACUUUAACAAGUUUCUGAUGGGAUCUCUAAUACCUUUGAGGGGUUUCUUUUCCCUUUAUUUCUUCGACAAGAGCUGACAUCUCCAUCCUAAGGCCUCAGACUACUUAUUAUUCGUCUGCACUUCCAGGUCGCAAUACUUUGACGACCACUCUGGGAUGCAGACUGAUGACUCGGUCUUGACGGCAGUAAGGACAGUCUGGGGGUUUUAGUGCCAGCCGGUCCUAGUUGAUUUAUUAAUAACUGCGGUUUUCUGGGCGUUGUAGUUUCCAGUACUAAACACUAAACCUAACUGCAAAAUACAGUGACUCCCGUUUGAGAUAUCUGCAGUGGAGGCACCGUUGUGGAAGCCUUUGGCCUUGGCCGGGCAAUUUCUUCAAUGUUCUGCGGAUUUCUUCACAACAGGGUUACUGUAAGCAGUUUCAAUCUUUAUAUACGAUUUAAUUUAAAGGGCAUUAAUGUCAUCUGGAGCUUUUUGAGAAUACAAUCUUUAUCGUGCGUAGUCACUUGUAGUUUUCGUCAUCCUUGUUUGCCGCUAAAAAUCUCCCAAAAGUGGCUUGCUUUGGUGAACAUGUGGUAGUCAUUCACAUGAAUAGGUUCUUGGGGCCUGAACCUAACUCCAAUCCUGCGAAAUACCGUCGACUGGUGUCUGCACAGGUCUUUUAUACUUCCGCGCGGUAAUCAUCCAUUUAGCUGCUAUUGCCGAUAGAAGCGAACAGGCAAGUUCCAGGAGACAGUUCAGAAGAAUAAGAAGCGAAUACUAGAACAAGGAUUUGCUGACCUGACGUUUCGGCUUCCCACCCUAACCCAUCAUCUGAAAAAUUCGCAAAUAAGGGUAGUGGAAGCACAAAGACUGCGGCAAUUGCAGUGCGUAGCUGUCGUGAGACCACAUGAUUACCAUAAUUAACAGCUCUCGCGGUCGCCGCUGGGAGGUCGUAAUUGGUGCGGUGAUUGCUCGUCGGCCCGCGUCCGCGUCGUCAAUGGCCGCGCUUUCAUCAUCCGUGGCGGAUGUUGGCGUGAUGAGUACUCGGCAAUUCGGCUCGCUGUCACUGGAAUUACUGCUCGCCCGCGCCUUUCCCAUGUGACUGAUUCCCUGUCCAGGGAAUGCCUCAGCACUGAAUAUGGUACUGGGAAAUCAUUGCGCUUCUUGAUGGAUUGCGGGCCCGAGAACCAUGACUCGAACAGCUCGGGACUCGGUUAUCACCUGCAACCUGAAACUUGAAAAUAUGGCCGGUCCCGUGGGAUGAGCGCCAUUUGAGGGCUAGCAUCUUUCCUUCCCAUUGCUGCUGCGUGCUCGGCCAUUCGCGUCCAGAGUGUUCCCCCAGUUUUCCUGACGUUGUUGCUCUGUCCGCAACUCUACCGGAUCCAAUAAACGACUCCUGACGUUUCUUGCCGUGGCAAUGAGUCUUUCGGCCUCACGACCUAGCGCCUGAUGGUUGCCUUCGGCCUGUGUGCAACCCCAACUCGAAGUGGAGUUGGAAGGCGAUUGACGGCUUCCGAGGCGUUCUUCACGUACGGAAGAGCUCGCCAUUUAGUCAUUUACGAUUCUCAGCGGUAAUCGCGAGAGUUGCCUAUUAUAGUGCGCAUGCAAUUCCAUGGCAGCUACGUACCAUAAAUACUGCAUUCUUUGUGCCUCUACUAUCCUUAUCUGUGACUGUCAAUGAUGAUGGGUUCAAAUGAGCAUCCGAAACGUCAGGUUAAUAAAAUUCUUGUUUCAGUGAUCGCAUCUAUGUUGGCUGGCCGGACUGGAGCGCGUUUAUAUAUUAAAAUGGAUGUUACUUGCUUUCCAUAAGUAGACGUUCUGUUUAACACGAGUUUCGCACUCUUGUAGUUCAAUUCCUACCGCGAGGCGCGCUCCGUCAUCCAACAGAUAGCUAUUUCUCUGGCCGCCGCGGAGUCCGCCCUUCAAUUUGAACACCGCGACCUGCACUGGCUCAACGUCCUUGUGAAACCUACCAAACAGGAGAAACUCCGUUAUCGUGUGGGCGGUGUUAGCUAUGCCGUCCAAACUGAAGGAAUCCACGUGUGCAUAAUUGAUUUUACCGUCUCCCGUCUCUGUCAUGGUGAGUUUAUGUUUGCAAAACGUCUCCUGUCUAUUUCAAAAUUCGGACCUUAACUCUCAGCUAAGUUUCGAACUUCUCAUCGCCAAUGCCCUGUGGACAAAUUUAACCGUCCUCCGUUUUAAGGCUUGCUAAGGCUUCGUCGUGAUUGGAUAGCAACAUCGGUCAUCAAGGACACGGGGAGUAUGAAUACCUCGGACCUUUCCACCACUCAUGCUGGCCAUGCACAGACGAUUUGACUUCUCCUCUGAACUUUAGCCAUAGAUUACUUAAUUUCCAUGAUCUCACGGUCUGAGUGCGCAUUUUGCGGCUGCUGACACUGCUAGCUAGUUACGAGCUAAAUCUUUCACUUUUCAUAGUCCUUCAGUGAGUGUCAACUCUGCUUUUACCGCCUUCUUUUAUGGAGUUUCGGGACAGUUUGCCCUUAGAUAGUCUCCCUGGCAGCCCACUCAGCUAGUUCAACAUGUCCUAUGGAAGUAAAACUCAAGGCGUUUUGAAGAUUUCUUGUCGAUUGGAUCUUUCCCGUAGGAUCUCUCAUUGUAUUGCCGUGGAUUAUCUUGAAGCAUGUUGUUACUCUUUCUCCUAAGAAGAAUUCCGAUGUUGGGGAUAAAUCACUAGCUCGUCUGUUUCUUUUUUCCGCUCAGAGGGCAAUAUUGUCUACGUAGACAUGUCAAAGUCGCCCGAGGUAUUCGAGUGUGAAGGCGACUACCAGUUCGACAUCUACCGCAUGAUGAGGGACAUGAACGGGUUAGUAUCUUGUUUUUGCUUACUUUAUUUGCCUAGAGCUUGUCAGCUCAACAUUCCUUUGGACGGGAAACAGGGCUGUCUUUAAGAUUAGUGUCAUAGAAUCUAACGACUUUUUUCUGACACUAACAGGCUAACACUUUACCUACCUUCCCAAAAAUGCAUAAUUUUCAUUUUAUUUAAGGCCACAUAAUCCGCAUAAUUGCGGAAAUCCAUCCCAUCCCAGCUGCUCGUUUUCGAAAAUUCCCACAGAAAGAGGGUUCUCAGCUACCUCUUGAGCUUUCUGGUUUCUCUUUAGAUAUCAUGUCAACCUGUUAUAAUGCAAGGAACACUUGGCAUUGUUCGUAAUGUCAACGGUUAGAACACAUGUCACAACAUAAUACAGGAUACAGGUGAAUUGGGUCAGUAGAGUGUCCGCUCUGUCCCUGGUCCAAUUCUAUUUCGACAGUCCCAUUUCUCAUGUUGUCAUGACAAAUGGUAUUAAAUCUUUUUGAUGUCCGCUUCUCGCCGUUAUUGUUCUUGUUCUAGGGAAGAGUGUCUCCUUUCGAUGUCAUUGGUAAUCGACAAGUCCAUCCCUAGAGCUCAAACCGUAGGCCUCUAAUUGCCCAAGAACCCAGUUAAGCUUUAGCUAUUUGAAUAGUAUUUAGGGGGAGGGGGUGAUUCUUUGUAGUUUCUGGAUCUGGUGACGGACAUCUAUGUUUGUUUCUCCGGCACCUCAGCCCAGGGUUCCAGGACUGUACCGGACCAGUGAACAACAUUCGCCACACUGUCACAACGACCUUAUGGCUCUUAACCUUCUUUUUAGGUAACUGACAUUUCCAAACCGGUGUGCGUCCGCAUCCGGAGGUACUAUCGUCGCAUAGUUCAAGACCACUUUUUAAUCGAAUUCUAAACCUCUUUCAGUUUUCCGCUAGCUGCAGAUGCUGAGAGUGACCUGUAGCUAGAUUAGGGCGCAGACACCGUCGUUCGGGUAUCUGGGCUCUAUCAGUAGCCCAAUUCUCUCGCCCUAACGAUUUUUAGCUAUAUUAAUGUAAUGUGUGUGUGUUUUUGAACCAAUUCCCGACAUCUUUCAGAACCGCUGUAACAUCCGUCCUUGCAAAUAUUUAGACUUUAAGAAAAUAGUUAUCCAACUGUCCAAGCUUCGUUUGGUUUUUUGUCUCCCAAAGCUGCUCACUGACUUGCUUAUGCAUAAUUUGUUUGCUGCUCUUCAGAGUUUGCUUAAUUUUUUUCAACGCGCUGAGACGUCCUGUCUUUGGUGCCAUGUCCUGAAGUGCACAAUGGAUGAAGUCGACGUCUCUGAAAUUCACUGAAACCCACAUUUUCUUUUAGACCGAUUUUCGCUUCCUUUUAAGCAGGGAGCUGCUUUUUGGCUUUCUCCGAAGGGUUCAUUUCAUUUCAACUCCCGUCCUCCAUAAAAUGGCCUCACAAAGUGGGGUUUGCAUUUGAAGAGAAAAUACCGUAUAGUCGGUGACUAACAAAAGCCGGGCCUCUGUACGAUUGCCGAAAGACGCGGACACUUUGUAGUCACCAGUUCAAAGCCACCUUUUUUCUUGGCCAGACGGUCAGGUUUGAUCGUCGAUCCCGAAAACAUUCACCGUGUGUCCCCCAGCGGGGCCGGCGCAAGGGCGAUGCCUUGAGCGGGAAUUAGUUUAUAGUGGUGGCGGACUUGAGCAGCCUCCAUUGCAUUCUCAGCCCCUCCACAUGGGCCCGAUGUCAAGACAGUCAGAAAACCGGGGGUAGGAUCGGACUCAGGUGCCUGGCGCGCGCCGCGAACCCGCACAUAGGCGUGCCACCACAGCAGGGUGGACGCAAGGACGAUGCCCUGAGCGGGAAUUACUUUAUGGUAAUAGUCGGCUUACGCUGCGUCUUCCUCAGUCUCCUCUCACUCACCCAACUGCGCCUGGUGUCAGUUCCGAGUGAAGAAGACUGAAGGAGGGAUCUGGCGCCGGUGGCUGGUGCGCGAUGAGACUGUGCGUAGGCGUGCCGCCACCUCAAUUUAUGACAUUUUUAUUAGUACACCACCCACCAACGCGCGUUGGACCCUGAUCUAGCCCCCGUGUUGGUCCAGCGCAUUUACUGUGUGGCUUUUUUAGGCGGCAAAGGUGGGACCAUUUGUAUGCUGUAGGACCAUGCAAGUUUCUCUGAUCAACCUCGGUGCGGGCUAUUAUCCUCCAAGGCCAUAGCUGUUCGCCUUUUUUUUCCUCUUUUGUCCACAUUCCUGCAAUUUUAUAACCUGUAUGCGUAUGUGCAUCUCUGCCGCCCCUAGAAAUAACUGGCGCCCCUUUCGUCCCAUCACCAACCUCUACUGGCUGAACUACCUGAUGGACAAGCUCCUGAACCAGACCUCAUACCCGCGUCGGGACCCAGAUUCCUCGGCCAUCGAGUCCGAACUUGCGGCCUUGCGCGACACCGUGCUCUCCGGCAGCUACAGAUCCGCCACGCAACUCGUUAACCUCAGUUUCUACUUCGAUAGUUGUCGCAUAGAUUAG